UAGUGCAGAAGACAAGAUGGGCCCUUCCAAGGAUAAAGGUGUCAAGGAGGAGUACUAUUUUUCUGGAAUCUGCCCUUCAGGAACGACCAUACUGCAGCAUCCCGAAGUCCUAUCCCUGCAGGACAAUCCAGAAGGACGUCAAAGUCGCUGGCACCAAAAGUUGGUGGGAAUUCAAGUGGAAUGCAUGAAGAAAUGCCUCCCCGGUCCGUGUCCAGAGAGAAGACAUCCCACAGGGCAACAAAGGCUGUUUGAGUUCCAAAGGCAGCUUGGAAACCAGGCUAAAAUGGAUCGAGUUGAUAGGUCUAAUCCAGGAAAUUCUAGAGAUGGGUCACCAUCACAGUGCCGAGUGCCACGUCCAAAAACAGAAUAUUGGAGAUCAGAUGGAGAAGUCCAAGCAGUGAAUAUCCUGGCCAGCGCUCCAUCGAACAGGAAUCUGGACAAAUUCCAGAGCUUUGACUGCAAGACAACCCACUGUAACUUGGAGGUGCUGGAGAAUUGUUCCUUCAUAUUCCUGGCCACCAAGCCCCACAUCCUCCCUGCCGUUCUGCAAGAGAUUGGCCCCGCCGUCACCUCCAAGCACGUCUUCAUUUCCAUGGCCGCUGGAGUUCACCUUCAGACCCUAGAAGAGCUGCUUCCUGCGGGAGCGAAGGUCCUGCGGAUCAUGCCCAACCUUCCUUGCGAGGUGCAGUCAGGGGCUGUUCUUCUCGCUCGAGGCACCUCUGUUGGAGAGGAGGAGGUUUCUCUGCUGAAGACGCUGCUGUCUCCGUGCGGGCUGUGCGAAGAGGCUCCCGAGUCCUACAUCGACAUUCACACUGCGCUGAGCGGCAGCGGCGUGGCUUACGUCUAUAUGUUCGCGGAAGCACUGGCGGAAGGUGCCGUGAAGAUGGGGAUGCCCGGCCCUCUGGCCCACAAGAUUGCAGCUCAGACUCUGUUGGGGGCAGCCAAAAUGAUCCUGGAAACGGGGCAGCACCCAGCGGUUCUGAGGAGUGCCGUUUGCACUCCCGGUGGCACAACCAUCCACGCCUUGCACGAGCUGGAGAAGGGGUCCCUGCGAGCCACGGUCAUGAAUGCUGUGGAGGCGGCCACCAGCCGGGCUCGGGAGCUGGGCAACAGAUAGCAGGCCUGCCUGGGAGUUGGCGAUACCACUUUUCCUGUCCAAGAAAUCCCCCUGGGUAUGGGUGGGCCUCCCCCAUCAGCUCCACCUCUGCAGCUGGAGAACAUGGGACCAUCGCUUUCUACCAAAGGGAGAUUGGCAAGGCUCUCUGGCAUUGGGGGUGCUCAUGGACAUUUGCCAGGGGUGAGGGUGGGGGUGGCAUCAUGCAAAUGAUGCAGAGUAGGUGACUGACAAAAGUUGCAAUGUAUGAUGGUAUCGUGAGAUGCAUGUGGCAUCGUGCCAGCUUCCAGACAGCCGGGUACCUUUUAUGACCCUGUAUGAUCCAUUCCAAACGUUUCCGUUGGAGGAAUAAACAGCAGUAGCCCUGUUGCUGGCUAAGAGUUUGCCUGCUUCUUCUGUCUCUGCCUUGCCUUCUUGAGAAGGCAAGAGACAUUUAGCAGCUGUUUUCCAGGCCUGGUGGUGGUGGGGGCGGCAGCAGCUGCAACGGAGGUCUGUUGACAGAACAGCGCUCUUGAGCUUGAGAAACCUGCUUCUUGUCUCAGCCGGUUCUCAUCUCAUCUCAUCUCACCUCACCUCACUGCCGUGAUCCUCCACUCCAACCCUCGGUGGCCUGAGUCAGCACAGCCAGCAUCUGGUGUGGCAGUUUGAUCACAUCCAGUUGUUCAGGAUCCAGUUUUGCUGGUUGCAGAACUCUCUUGGAGUUUUGUCCCAUUCCUAACCCCAACUGUCUAUUUUUUCUCUUAGUUAUUUUUCUGUCUUCUCCCCAACCCCCCCGUUGUUUUGCCAACACUUUCCAGAACUAGGAGUAUCUUCUCUACAGCAUCUAUUCAAAGCGUAAGUGGAAACUUCUUUCAUCGCCCUGUAGGGCUGGGUUCUCAUUUAUGGGGUAAAAAUUUAGCCCAUGAAACCUUCCAUGGUUACAACCUUGAAAUUAGCAACUGUGGUCCUGGAGAAGUGAGCAUGAUCAACAGCCUUCAUAUAAUGGGGCUUUGGGGAGUCAGCUUAUUCCUCUUCACUGACCUCAGACCCCAAUUAUCGGUUGGAGGAAGGGACCAAUUGCUGGUUCUCCCUUGGUUACGUGGCAUUAAGGGCAUGGUGCGGACCCUAUUGGCUAGGGAAUUUUGGUUGGUGCGGUCUAGGAGGAGAGCCUUUUUGCUGCUGCCCCUGCCCUGUGGAAU